ACCUUUUCCUGCUCUUUGGAGAAACACCAGAUUGAUGACAGCAGCCUUUGGGGACGUCUAGGUAAAGCCAACUGAGUCUUUAGGUGGAAUUCUUCUGGUUCUUCACACACACCCUUUCCCGUUCCCACAUCCCUCCCUUUUUCCCUCCCUCCUAUCCAUCCAUCCUCCCUCUCUCUCUCUAUCUCUCUCUCUCUCUUACCCUGCUUCCCUCCAAAGCUGUUGUUCCUGCACGGCUCCCGCACAUAAUUCCACCGCGAUGGAAAUUAAAUGAAGGUGGCUUAACGCAGCUAACACCGGCAUGCUUUGAAGGAUGUAACCAGGCUGGUGUGUGUGUGUGUGUGUGUGUGUGUUGGGGGGUGGGGGGGGCUCUUACACUGCCAGAUCCUUUUCCACGGGCUGGAAGUGGAUUUUGCAAAGCGAGGACACAGCAAUCACUCAGCCAUGCAGAAGCCCAGACAACAGGAAUAAUCUCUCCGCCUUGUGAAGACUUGUGGGAGCUCCACUUUUUUUUUUAUUUGAUUUAUUUAUUCCUGAAUUAUUUAUAUUCCCGUUGUCCUGUUGACAAUGGAGCCGGAGUGAGACAGCGGCACAAUCUGCUGACUGCGACCCGCAGCACGCAUGGAUGUGUUCAGCUUUGUGAAGAUGCCAAAGCUGACGGGUCACAGGACCAAGUCAUCGGGCUGGCCGCCCCCUUCAGGGACGUGGAAUGCCUCGCAGGGACCCCCCAAUGGAUGGGACAUGGGCACCAAUAGAGAGGGGCGUGACUGUUACAUCAACCAAUUCAGCCAGAGCAGCUCCCUGGAGGAGGUCCGCCUAGAUGGAGACAAGUUUGUGCCACCAGCACCCCGGAAGGUGGAGAUGAGACGAGACCCCGUGCUGGGCUUCGGCUUCGUGGCAGGCAGUGAGAAACCCGUGGUGGUCCGCUCAGUCACACCAGGGGGUCCAUCAGAAGGAAAGCUAAUCCCAGGGGACGAGAUCAUCAUGAUCAAUGAUGAGCCUGUCAGUUCCGCACCCAGGGAGAGGGUCAUUGACCUUGUCAGGAGCUGCAAAGAGUCCAUAUUGUUGACCGUUGUUCAGCCAUACCCAUCACCCAAGUCGGCGUUCAUCAGUGCCGCCAAAAAGGCCAAGUUAAAGACCAAUCCCGUUAAAGUUCGUUUUGCCGAAGAAGUCAUCAUCAAUGGCCAGCUCCCGGAAACCGUGAAAGACAACUCCCUUCUUUUUAUGCCAAAUGUUCUGAAGGUCUACCUGGAGAACGGUCAGACUAAAUCGUUUAAAUUUGACAGCAACACAUCCAUUAAGGAUGUCAUCUUGACCCUGCAAGAGAAGCUCUCCAUUAAGAGCAUCGAACACUUCUCUCUCAUUCUGGAGCAUCGAGCUGAAGGAUCGGCGAGCAAACUUAUGCUCCUCCAUGAGCAAGAGAUGCUAACUCAGGUGACAAAGAGGCCAGGGUCACACAAGAUGAAGUGUUUUUUUCGCAUCACUUUUGUCCCAAAGGACCCGCUAGAGCUGCUUAGGAGAGAUGCAAUAGCGUUUGAGUACCUCUACGUCCAGAGCUGUAAUGAUGUGGUACUGGAGAGAUUCGGGUCGGAGCUGAAAUAUGACACGGCGCUCCGUCUGGCUGCGCUGCAAAUGUAUAUUCUAACCAUCAAUACCAAGCAGUCACAGAAAGUGUCCCUCAAGUACAUUGAGAAGGAGUGGGGUCUAGCCUUGUUCCUGCCCCCUGCGGUGCUGUCUAGCAUGAAAGAGAAGAACAUCAAAAAAGCCCUGGCUCACAUCCUCAAAACCAACCAGAACCUGGUUCCGCCUGGUAAAAAGCUGACCGCCUUGCAGGCUAAGGUCCAUUAUCUGAAGUAUCUCAGUGACUUGAGGCUCUAUGGAGGUCGGGUGUUUAAGUCCACGCUUAUUCAAGGCGAGAAGCACACCGAGGUGACCUUGCUGGUCGGACCCAAAUACGGCAUCAGUCACGUGAUCAACACCAAAACCAAUCUGGUGGCGCUGCUGGCGGAUUUCAGUCACGUCAAUCGUAUUGAGAUGUAUGCGGAAGAUGAAAACAAAGUUCGAGUGGAGCUCCAUGUUCUGGAUGUGAAGCCCAUCACGUUGUUAAUGGAAUCCACGGAUGCAAUGAAUCUGGCCUGUCUGACGGCGGGUUACUACAGAUUACUGGUAGAUUCCCGGCGUUCCAUCUUCAAUGUGGCUAAGAACACUACCGACAAUCAAUCGGCGAGGAUCAAGCAGAACUACCACGCCAUCGAAUGCACAUACAGCACCCCCCAAAAGGGAUACGAGGACAGGAACCACCAGAGGUGCAGCCAAGACUUCUCGGACUCGGAGUUCGAAAACCUGGAACGCGUCAGAUGUGACGGUCAACCGGCUUACAUGGCUGAGAUCCACCAGGCUCAGCACUCGAUACACAUGGCGGAAAGAGCAGAGUACUGCCGGUUACCGUGCGCCCAAACGUACCUUAACGUCCCGAGAACCAAAGACCAAGAACCUUCUCGAAGUGCGAAGGUCUCUUUCAUAUUUGGAGAUCCUCCCUUGGACACUGUAAACCCCCAGAACCUGGGCUACCAGAGACUCAUGGACGAAGGUUCAGAGAUGAUGGACAAUCACAGCCCCAUGUACCGGCGUCUGGAGGAGGACUACAAAAUGAUGGAAGCCCUGGAAGAUGCAGACGGGUAUCAGUAUUCCACCAAAAUGUUCGAGGAGCCGCUGCUUCACGACAUCUGCUACGCAGAGACAACCGAUGACGCCGAAGACGAGGACGACAUCAGCUGCGAGGAGGACAUUAUGAUGAGCGACAUUGACAAGCCUGCGUUGCUCUCGCUCUCGGGGUCCAGUGAUGACAUCAUCGACUUGACGUCCCUCCCGCCGCCACCGGAGGGCAACGACGAGGAAGAUAACGACGUACUGCUGCACUCUCUUAACCUGGCCAUUGCCGCUCCUCCUCCCGGCUUCAGGGACAGCUCCGAUGAGGAGGAGCACCAGGAGGCUGGGAAUCAGGCCCAAGGCGGCCACAACGAUAUCCCGGUGUCCCUCAUAGAUUCGGUACCGGACCGUAGAACACAGAACCAAAAGGAGCCCCUCGACGAGGCCGUUGUGUCCACUUUGCAGGCGCUGGAGGCUCUUGCUGCAUCUGAGGAACCUUCACAGUCCGAGAACACAGGUGUACAAAUAUUACGAGCAUUUAGUCCCGAGUCGUCAGAUUCUGGCAACGAAACCAACUCGUCCGAGAUGACGGAAAGUUCCGAGCUGGCCACCGCCCAGAGGCAGUCGGACAACCACGUAAGGAUGCCUACAGCCGCCACGGACGGUUACCACGCCGCAAAUGAGGAAAAGACCGAGGGACUCGGUGAUGACGGCGCGGGGACCGCGCAGGGGCAUCGGUGUGAGGAGCCCAAAUCCGCCGCCACGGCGUCCUCCCAGCUAUUCCACUCAGACGGCGGUGAAAUGGAGCCAGAGACGAUGGAAAUCAAAUCGGUCAGCGAAUACUUCACGAAAAUGCACAUCGGUUCGAUUAUAAGCAGGCAGAGAGGGAAACAACGGGAGUCCGAGAACCGAACCCAACGAGAGACCGGUAACGCCUCGGAAAGAUGCCAUGUGACGUCUCAAGAACUAGCGAAAGACGAAGAGACGCAUCUCGUCGGAAAGUACAACACCUUCACUGUGAGAGACUCCUAUUACGUGAAUCAGCUGGAUCUGGGACGAACUUCGCUCAAAGACCGCCAUCAAAAAUGGCUGCACAGAGCGCCCGGAAACAAAAUGGACGAGGCUCUCUCUGCAGAGUAUGUGAAUGAGUCACAGGCCUCCCACGCAGACAGGUUGACAGUGAAGGCAUGCAAACGGGAAUCGGAUGAAAGAAGCCAAGCGUUAAAUGCCCAACUCGGCUCUCCCGCCAAGGAACCCGAGGGAGCCGAUACUCCACGGGACGGUGAGCAGCAAACGAAGAAUCCGGCGUCAGACCACGAUGUCGCAAGGCUGUACGAGUACCACUUGAGCAAGCGCAUGUCGUCCUUGCAGAGCGAGGGGGCUCAUUCCCUCCAAAGUUCCCAGUGUUCCUCCAUCGACGCCGGAUGUAGCACGGGCAGCAGCAGUUGCGUCACUCCCAUGGAUUCACCCCUUUGCGCUACUGACAACAACACGCAUGUACUGUCCGAGUCCUCGCUAAAGGGGCUGAGUUACGUAACGGCCUCCGAGGAAAAGGCCUACGUUCCCCCGGGCCAAAACAAGGACCCCACGCUACUGAGGAAAAACCACGCCCCCAACGGUGGCGAGGGCGGGUUUGGAAAUAGCCGGGACAGCAGUCACAGAUUAUCCAAGAUAAAAGAAACCACAGCCUGCGCACAGCAGUGGACGGUUGGAGACGAGCCAUCUUUAACUCUCAGUCAUGAGACCACCACCACCACCACAGUCAUGCCACCAUCGUUAUUCCAAAGCCGCACGGAGCCCAGCAAGCCGGUUUGGGCCGAAGCCGAGUCCGACCCACAUGAUGCCCUGCUUCCCAACACGUGUGACCUUCUCAAAGGCAGCCUCGGGAAGCCUCGCAAGGCUCGGACGCACAGGAGAAGCUGGAGCACGUUAAUGCAAGGAUCCAGGAGCUUCGAGGCAUUGCUGGAGCGGACCAAAGCCACGUUCACGGGGAGGAGCGGCGGUCAGAAUGCGGAGUCCCAACAUCGAUUAAAAGUUCAGCGCGUAUCGUAUGCCAAAACCAUUCCCAAAAGUUUCUCCCACGGUUCCGUUGGCUGUAAUUCGGUAUGUGGAAAGCCGCCGCAGUCGGCGACGACGCGGCCGGAUGCAGGCGUGUGGCGAUGCCGCGCGCCGGUCACUUGCUGCUUCGUUCGAAGGCAGAAGAACGCCGAUUAUGCUGACGGGGAGCACGCUCAGUUUGUUUUCUCUGUCGGUUCAACUGGCGAUAAGAACGCAGUCAACAUGGCCGCCACAGUGAAAGGCAUGACCCUGGAGGCGAGGUUAGCGUGUGUAAAUUCAAUGAAGGGUAAAACCUACAGCCUUCGCACGGGGUUCGCACUCGCACAAACGGACGCCUUGGAGAUUCUUAGCUUACUGCGUUGCAGCCACGCGUCAAGAGUUGACGGCGUGGAGGUCGGCGAUGCCGACACGUUCUCCCAAGUGCUCGUCACGCAGGCUAAAGCGCUGAGCGGCGCCUGCGGUCAGAUGGCCGCGGAGUACGGCAGCCCGGAGGAAUUGUUGCUCACGCUGACGCACAGCUUCCACACGCUCUGCUGCCUGACGCAGGCCUGCAUGUCCUUAGCGGAAGGCCUCGGCGGCGACACGCGGCGGCGUGACGUGGUAGCCAAAGUGGACGAGGUCGUCGUCAACUACGUGUGUUUGCUGAAAGCUGCCGAGGCGGCCAUGGUAAGCGCCCCCGGCGAUCCGAGUGUGAAAGCGUUGAUGUAUCACUCCGCCAAAAUGUCCGCUCUCGUAAACACGCUAAUUCACGUCAUGACAACACUGAGCGUCAAAUAAGUUAUUGAUUUUAAAGCCAUACGUGAGCGACACGGGCGGAACUACCGAUGUGAACUGCUGUGACAAAAAAUAUAUUGCCUUGUGUACACAAUAUUUUAUUAUUAAUAUAGAAACUAAAUAUAUGUAUCACAGUAUUUUAAAAAAAAGAUUAAGCCUCCAAGUAUUAAAAUCUAUAUACUAAGAACUAUUUAAAUUAUUUCUAGAUUUCAUUACAAAACUUCUAAAGCAUAACAAAUCUACAGUAUGUUGUUUAUAAAAUGUAAUAAUAUAUAUUAUAUUGGAGAAAUACUGUGUACAGCUCUUGACAAAUCAUUGCACAGGAUGGCAUCGAAUUAUUAAUAUAAUGCACUUUUUUUUUCCAUUUUGCUGUGCACUUUCAAGGACACUGUGUACACUUUUUUUUUCUUGUUCAUUAAAGAGAUGGAAAUAUUACAAUACCUCAAA